AUGGCCGAUAGUCCACAUCGGACACGCUCCCGUGCGCGUCAGGCAUGUCUCCACUGUAAUCGCCGUCGCAUCAAAUGCAAUGUGCUGUCUCAACGGCCUUGCCACAACUGUAUCUCGCAGAACGUGCCCUGCGAGCUGGGAGUGUCGAAGCGAGGAAAGUAUCCCCGCAAAAAGCCGCCUCCACCGAUCACUCCAAGAUCUGAGCCCGACACCCCGUUGGCGGAUGCGACCCAGUUGGCCCGCGGGGAGGGUCCGCUCCCCCAGCGCAUCCCAAUGGCGCCCCGAAGCCCCUGGAUCACCCCCGAGUCGGCCUCUUCGGCCCAGCCGACCGUAUUCCUGGGCGAGUCCAGUCCAUUGACGUGUGUGAUCGACGAAGGGCGUCGCUCUUCCCCCGACAAGGGAUCGGCACUCAAGACCCGCCUACACUAUGCCAUCCCCGAGCGUCUGGAUUCAACCAGCGCGCGCGACGACGUGAUGCGUGCGCACAAGGCUCAAAUGGAGAUCCAGCUGUCCUCAGCCGGAGCCUUUUCCUACCCACCGCUUGAGACGCGCGAGACACUGCUGAAAGCAUACUUCGAUUGGUUCCACCCUUGCUUUCCCAUCCUUGAUCGUGCUGCGGUUCAGCAGUUGUAUUCCCAGGGAACCAUCUCGCCGCUUUUGCUCCAGUCUAUGCUCUUCAUUGGUGUCAGUUUGUGUACGGAUGAUGAGUUCGCUCGUACGGACUUUGCGAUCCGCUACCAUGCCAAAUUUCUCUUUUAUAGCCGAGCCAAGGCCCUCUAUGACGCCGACUGGGAGACAAACAAGACCGUUAAACUGCAGUCGAUUUUUAUGCUCAGUUUCUGGCGCGGUGGGCCAUCGGAAGAGCGCGAUACGUGGUCCUGGCUGGGAGUUGCCAUCAGCUUGGCACAGAAACGUGGCAUGCACAUGAUGUCUAAAUUUUCGUUCCAUUCGCCGCGUGAAGCGAAGCUGUGGAAGCGGAUUUGGUGGGCUUUAUAUAUUCGGGACCAGCAGAGUGCAGCUGCCCUUGGGCUUCCCCCUCGCAUUCGUGAUGAGGACUGCGCAGUGGCCAUGUUGCAGCCCGACGAUGUGUUGGAUGAUGAGGUUUCUGGGGAGCAGCAUAUAUUCGGCACUCAGUGUGCCACUGAGGUUCCAUAUCCGGUCGAGAUGGCCAAACUUGCCCGAAUCCUGCACAAUAUCGUGUCCUCCCAGUAUCUGCCAGUGCACUCAACGAGGGUAACUUCCUCUCGUGCCGCUCUAUGUCAGCAAUUAUGCGAGUGGGAAGCUCAAAUCCCUGAGGAGUUGAAGCUAGACCGUGGCACAACCCCUAAGGACACCUUCCUUGCAGGUCUCCUCCACAUGACUUACAAUAACCUGUAUAUUUUGCUGUAUCGGUCCUCUUUUCUGUAUCCACCCAACGAGGGGCUGGAACAGCCAGGACAGGCCGCGCUGGACGCCGCCACGAGGAGCACCCGCAUCAUUGAGGAUAUGCUGUCGCACAAUCUGGUGCAGCACGGCCCGACACAUCUAAUCACCCACGCCUUUUCCACCCUCUGUAUCCACACAAUCCACUGCCGACGCGCAUCCGGCACAACACGAAAACUCGCAGAACACCGCGCGCGCCUCUGCCUUCUUGGUCUCCAAGAGCUGCAAAAAUCCUGGGAUCUGGAAAACUGGGUCUUGGAUUUGUUCUUCCGGUGUUUAGAUGAUUGCACUGCGCGUAAUCUUCGACUACCGGACCACACACACCCCGCGACAGAAGCUCGGCACAGCGUCAGCAAUGAGACACCAGAGACGCAUACACCGCAUUACUCAGACGAUAUAACUACAAGCCAUUCCACUGAUGCGACCCUGGAUGUCUCUCUACAAGCUGCUUCUGCUGCCCAGGCUGACCUGAGCGCCCCCAGCGAGUGGUUUGGUGGGCUGUUUAACUUCACCGAUGACUAUACCGACGUCCUGGGGACUGCACCGUCUCAGGAACCGUCGAAUCUGCAGAACCUGGAAUUUCUAUAUCGGUUUCUCUAA